AUGGGUUUGGCUCUGGAUCCUGGGCCAGGAUUGGCAGCUCUGCAAGCAUGGGGAGGUCAAGUUUCGGCAUACGGAUCAUCUAAUCAGACCGUCGUGGACAAAGUUCCACCAGAUAUGCUGCACAUGAUCGAUCCUCAUUGGUACCAGUUUCCUCCCAUGAACCCACUUUGGCAUGGUCUCUUGGGGUUCACUAUCGGCGUUCUUGGCUUCGUCUCAAUCACUGGCAACGGCAUGGUCAUCUAUAUUUUCAUGUCUACCAAGAGCCUGAAAACUCCCUCGAACUUACUGGUAGUAAAUCUCGCUUUCUCUGACUUCCUUAUGAUGUGCGCUAUGUCUCCGGCUAUGGUUGUCAAUUGUUAUAACGAAACAUGGGUUUGGGGUCCAUUAGCAUGUGAAAUCUACGCUUGCUGUGGUUCUUUAUUCGGAUGCGCAUCUAUAUGGACCAUGACAAUGAUUGCCUUCGACCGCUACAACGUUAUUGUAAAGGGUAUCGCCGCCAAACCCAUGACCAAUAGCGGAGCUCUUCUGCGCAUACUCGGAAUCUGGGCCUUUUCGCUUGCAUGGACUCUUGCCCCUUUCUUCGGCUGGAACCGUUAUGUGCCUGAAGGAAACAUGACUGCAUGCGGAACUGAUUAUCUGGCAAAAGAUUGGUUAAGCCGCAGCUACAUCUUGGUCUACUCCGUCUUCGUAUACUUUAUGCCUCUCCUGCUAAUCAUCUACUCUUAUUUCUUUAUCGUCCAGGCUGUAGCAGCUCACGAAAAAGCCAUGAGGGAACAAGCUAAGAAAAUGAAUGUCGCCUCCCUGAGAUCAUCCGAAGCAGCCAAUACCAGCGCAGAGUGCAAAUUAGCUAAGGUUGCUCUAAUGACCAUCUCCCUUUGGUUCAUGGCGUGGACUCCAUAUCUCGUGAUCAACUACACCGGUGUCUUCGAGAGUGCGCCUAUCAGUCCUCUGGCUACUAUCUGGGGCUCACUCUUCGCAAAGGCUAACGCCGUUUACAAUCCUAUUGUAUACGGUAUUAGCCAUCCUAAAUACCGCGCGGAGUUGUACAAGAAGUUCCCCUCGCUGUUAUGCCAGACGUCGCCACAGGAGACCGGCUCUGUCGCUUCUGGAGCCACUGCUGUCUCUAAGGAGAAACCUGCCGCUUAA